CCGAGAUUGGCAGCAUUUGUAACCAUGGAGACGAAUGCUGCGUUUAGCUAAUUUGACACCUGUUUGUUACGUCGUUACUCCCCAAAGUCCUCUAAAGUGAAAUGUGGCUUUAAAAUUCCGUUACUAAGUACUUUCUGGCACUCCGCCGUAUCGUCAGGUGGUGGGUAUGUUUAAGCACAAUUAUCAAGGUGGAGCUGUGGUGGAGGUCUUCAGUGGACAAGGCAAAGAUCCUGUAGCCAAGUGGAAACUUUGUGGGGGACAGUCAGCCAUACGGAAAGAGUAUGACAAAGAAGUUAAAGGAUUUGUUUACCGCCUGGAUGGCAGCAGCAAGACGGUGAAGAUGCAAAUGCCAGAGAAUGGGAAAAUGUCCCUUGGGCUUCUGCAAAGAUUCUUGGCCAUUCAAGUGAUUAUUCCCCCUGAUAAGGAUUUCUCUGUGGAGCUUGUAAUAACAGAUGUCGGCCACCUGAAAAGACGGCUCUACUUAUCAACCGUGCAUAAAGACUUGUCUGCCACACUCUGGCAUGCAAAAAUACCUCUGGCAGGAGUGAAACGCAAUAUUUGGACUACUUUGUUUGUCGACCUCGUGUCAUUCACCGGAGAGUUGUUCAAGGCUGCAGCCUUUUUGAGUCUGGACGGCAUCACUUUGUUUGCCUCCUGUAGAGUGCGGAGGAUCUUCACUGUGAAAACUCAGCCGAGUGGCCUGUCAAGUGAAGAUUUGUUUCUCGGUGGAACUGGAUAUGUUGCGGAUCAGAUACCUCGCAGCUGCCAGUUUCCCGCAACCGUGCGCCACGAGUGUCAGGUUUUGAACAUGGCCGCCUUGCAGGCAACACACCCCAACAGCGGUAACGUGACCGGCCAUGCAGGACCUGACCAGCAUCCUGCUGCCAGAUCAGCCAGUUCUCAGAGAAGCAAGCCCCAGGCGGCUCCACACACCGCCCCAGGCUCGAGAGCCACAGCACCAGCAGCGCACGCAGGAAGAAAAGGCGGCUCGGCCACAAAUGGCUUGGAAAAAGGAGAACCCUGUAACAGAAAAACAGGGUUCAAUCUGACACGCCAGCGAUUUACCACAGACAUUGGAGACGGAGACGGAACAUCUUCCAGCAUGCAGCCACAUCCUCCGAGAGGCAAAGCGUGCAACAAGCAAACAUCAGAGAGAAGGAAGCUCAGAAUUCUCAGCGCUGGACCAGAGAGGCUCGAAGCGCCGUCGGAUCCUGCUCAUGUCGGCCGCAGCGGGGGAGACGAGACCAGAGAGAAACCAAGCCCUCUAUCAAGCGGGCCGGAGAGCAGGCAAAAACCUUUGACACCAAAAGGAAUGACUGAAGUCCAAAGUGCAGACGAGUGUGGUUUAAAUUCACCAAAGAACAGCUCCACGUCGCCUCCACCCACACCGGCAGAGUCUCCCCGCGGCUCGACUCGGUUUGCUUCGUCCCCUGACCCGCAGGCCUGGAGCUGCUGGGAGAGUAAUGAUGGGGAGCCCGAGCUGCGUCUGGCUCUGCGGGAGGAGGUGUUCACUUUCUCAUCCCCGCCUCACUCACCCAAACGAGGGCAAGGCCAGGGUGAGCAGAAGAUGGAGAAGCGAGGCGAUGGAGUUCAGAGCCUGAGUGAGAGGCGCUAUGAGGCACAGCCCCAAGAUGAUUUCAUUGGCAGUGAAAGUGAUGAGGAGAAGAGCUACACUCCAUCCCUGCAGCCGACAUUCAUGCCAGACUCCAGCCUUGACAUUUGUCAACCUCUUUCAAGCACAAAUUUGGACACACGACUUGAGAGUCAAACCACUGAGCAAACAUCACUAGAAGAGCUUUGCCCAACUGCCACUGAUAUGCACCUGCACUCUCCAUCCUGCGUGCCAGCUGAGGAUGAGAGGAUGGAUCCCAAAUGCUGUCACUCACUCUGGGGAACAAGACAGGACCAGAGGUGUGGGCCAGGUGCACCAGAAGGAGUCGACCAUGCUGUGGACAGGAACAACAGCACGUCACUGUCAAGGGACUGUCUUCAAGAGCUCUCACUGGAGGACCCCUUCAAGGAAGAAGACGAGACCAUCCAGCCUGGUGAUUCUGGUGAUUGGCACUUAAAGCCAGCCAGCGGGCUACAAUCGCACGGAGGGGAUGAUGACGAGCUCCAGAUGCUUGCAAGUCUAAAAAGGGAGCAGGAGGAAGAUGAAUACAGAGCCUCGGGCCUCAGCGCGUCUCAGAUGCACGGCUGCAACGUCAGCAUGAGCCUCAGCAGUGAGGACAACUCUACCUGGACGCACAUCACCACGCCAGCUAAUCAGGGGCAACACUACCAGAAGGAAAUGAACCCACUGCGGUGCUCCAACCCCAGGGAGUGGAUGGAUGUGCUCAGCCCCCCAAUUAUGCCUCCGAGCCUGCAGAGAAGGUCAGGCAACACAGGUAGCCAUGGUGAGGAUCUAAUCAGAGGCGGGGACGAGUCGGAGAAUGAAGAGGAGAUGGAGGACGAGUAUCUAAAUCUGCUCUAUGACCCUUGCCUCAACUGCUAUUUUGAUCCAGAGACGGGGAAGUACUACGAACUAGCUUGACUCAAAGCGUGCGAGAAUCGGAAUCAAUAAAUCAGACGACAUUGACGGCAGAUGAAUGGCUGCAGCGUUUUAUUAUUGAUCAGCAUGAAUAUACCCUGCUGGCAAAAGAAGCUUUUGGUGUUGGGGCAGAAAGGGGGGGGGGCUCACUAACUAUAAUGCGUCACCACUUGUCUUGUUAGCAUGUGAAGGGAGUGGAAGUCAAUAGAUACAGCUUGCUGUGAAUGACUUGCAGUUCAUUUAUUAGCACAUCUGCUUGUAAAAUCUCUUUUAGGGGAAACCUUGGCGAGAAAAUAAAUGCUAA